UCUACCCCGCCCCCAGGGUGUCUUGCAAAUUAUUGACUCCGGCGAACACAUUCACCUCAGUUGCCGCCAGUGAGAUUUUUCCAGCAGGCGAGAAGGUUGGGAGAACCACCAGCGGCGUUCACCAUCUUCCAGCCUCGUUUCUGUAGUUCUUGAGUGACAAAGGAAGAAAAUGGCUUUGAAGCUAGCUGGACUGCUGAUUUGCAUCCUGGGAAUCAGUGCCCUUCCUCUAGAGGAUCCUGAAGAUGGGGGAAAGCAUUGGGUUGUGAUUGUUGCUGGCUCAAAUGGCUGGUACAACUACAGACACCAGGCUGAUGCAUGCCAUGCAUACCAAAUUGUGCACCGAAAUGGCAUUCCAGAUGAACAGAUUAUUGUUAUGAUGUAUGAUGACAUCGCUGAGAAUGAGCAGAACCCAACCAAAGGCAUCAUAAUCAAUAGGCCUAAUGGCUCAGAUGUGUACCAUGGAACACUAAAGGAUUACGUUAAAGAGGAUGUAACACCAGAGAACUUUCUUGCUGUGCUGAAAGGAGAUGCUGAAGCUGUGAAGAACAAAGGAUCAGGAAGAGUACUAAGAAGUGGCCCCAAAGACCACGUAUUUGUCUACUUCACUGAUCACGGUGCGCCUGGAAUCUUGGCUUUCCCCUCAAGUGAUCUUCAUGUGCAAGCCCUGAAGAAGGCCAUUCAAUAUAUGCACCACCAUAAGAAAUACAAGAAGAUGGUGUUUUACAUUGAAGCAUGUGAAUCUGGAUCUAUGAUGGACCAUCUGCCCGAUGACAUUGAUGUUUAUGCCACUACUGCGGCUAACCCCGAUGAAUCUUCGUAUGCGUGCUACUAUGAUGAACAAAGGGAAACAUACCUUGGUGACUGGUACAGUGUCAACUGGAUGGAGGAUUCUGAUGUGGAGGAUUUGAAAAAAGAAACUCUCCAUAAGCAGUUUCUGUUAGUAAGGAAACACACAAACACCAGCCAUGUGAUGCAGUAUGGAAACUUGUCCAUCGCUCACAUGAAAGUGGUGCAGUUUCAGGGAACUGCCAGAGCUCCCAGCACGCCCAUUUCGUUGCCUCCUGUGACUCACUAUGACCUCACCCCCAGUCCUGAUGUGCCCUUCGCAAUCAUGAAGCGCAAGCUGAUGGCCACCAAUGAUGCCCACAGGGCUAAGUCGCUCUUAGAAGAGAUGAACAGACACUUGGAGGCCAAAGAGCUAAUCAAAGAGUCUAUGCGCAAGAUCAUAUUCUCCAUUACACACUCUGAAGAACUUGCUGAACCAAUCUUGUCACGUAGGUCAAAACUCAGGAAUUAUGACUGCUAUGAGUCAGCAGUAAACCACUUCAAAAGUCAUUGCUUCAACUGGCACUCACCUUUGUUUGAAUAUGCUCUGAGACAACUGUAUGUUUUGGUCAAUGUCUGUGAAGCAGGAUAUCCUAUUGAGAGAAUACAACUUGCCAUGAAUCAAGUGUGCCUUGGAUAUUAACCAAACAGCCUGACUGUGAAGUAAUCCAGUUAAAAGUGAUGAACGUUCUAGUAAUCACACCAAGAAUCAAUGCGAAGCAGAGACCAGUUAUGUGUAUAAAACCAGUAUAAAACAAUAGCAACCUGAUGGUGAAGGCUUUCUUGGGCAACCGUUGGGAUCUGCACUUUAAAGCUGUUAGGGAGUAUGUUCUACUCUAGAAGCUGCCUGUGAAAUCUCCUGGAAUGAACAAGUUCCACAGUGUCUUCACAAUUUUCCUUAAUUCCACCUUGAGACACUUUUUUGGCAAUCUGAAGAGGUGGUCUGCCUUGUAUAAGUGCUCAGUUUGAAUUGAACUAUUUGUUUGGUUUUUAUUUUGUUUUUAAUCCCUUACUCAGGUUUUCAGUGGUAAUUUUCUUUUAAGAAUGUCCUAUACAGAAUUCCACAAAAUGGCCUGUAGUAACUAAGGUGACUAUAUUUUUUAAAAUUGGAAAUGAAUGCUUUAAUAACCAUAAGGUUACAUUGUUAGUUGAAAUUUUUACAUUACAUGUUUGAAGAAUAAAAAGCCAUCAUUUUUGUUUUGUCAAAUUUGCCUAAGACAAGGCAAAACAAAGAUUAACCAUUUUGCUUUAAAAUGAUCAGACUUAUAACAAAAUAAUCAAGGCUGCAUAGCUUAUUCAUGAUGGAGAAAUUAUUCCUUGACCUCCACUAAAAGGGAUUGUUCACUGCUGUUUGUUUCUAAUUCAUGUGUAACUAUAUGUUUAUACAACUUAAUGGGGAAAUAGCAGUAUUUGGAAAACCGAAUAAAAGAGUGUGAACUUC